CUACUCAAAUGAAAACAAACAAAAAAAAAGUUCUUCUAAUUUGGUUUAAUUGAAUUCGUGAUUAAUCGCUAAUUCAAGGUGUUUAAGAUAUUCAAAAGAAAUUUAAAACCCUCUCCUUUUGAGGAACAAGAAGACGACGAUUGGGUGAAAUUAUUAAAAGAAACGCGGCGACGACAAUGCCGAGCAAACUGAAAAAAGCGAUUGGAGCGGUUAAAGACCAGACGAGCAUCAGCCUCGCUAAAGUCGCUAACGGUGCCACCGGAGGCGGCGAUCUCACGACUCUCGAGGUUGCCAUCUUGAAAGCUACCAGCCACGACGAGGAAGUCCCUAUCGACGAUCGCCUCGUUUCGGAGAUCCUCGGCAUCAUAUCCUCCAAGAAAUCUCACGCCGCCUCUUGCGCCGCCGCGAUCGGACGCCGUAUCGGGCGGACACGGAACUGGAUCGUCGCGCUCAAAUCCCUAGUCCUCGUCCUCAGGAUUUUCCAAGACGGUGAUCCUUAUUUCCCUCGCGAAGUCCUCCACGCCAUGAAACGCGGCGCCAAAAUCCUCAACCUCUCCAGCUUCCGCGACGAUUCCAACUCCUGCCCUUGGGAUUUCACGGCUUUCGUCCGCACGUUCGCCCUCUACCUCGACGAGCGUCUCGAUUGCUUCCUCACCGGGAAAUUACAGAGACGUUACACGAACCGGGACCAAACCGGGAGAAUCAGCUCCAACUCAAACACCUCAAGAUCCCGGUUUAAUACUAAAACCGCAAUUAAAUCCCACGAACCGGCGGUUCGAGAUAUGAAACCGGUAAUGCUUCUUGACAAAAUCACGUAUUGGCAGAGGUUACUAGACAGAGCAAUCGCGACACGGCCAACGGGAGACGCCAAAUCGAACAAGCUCGUGAAAAUGUCGCUUUACGCCGUCGUGCAAGAGAGUUUUGAUCUCUACAGAGACAUUUCCGACGGUUUAGCGCUUUUGUUAGAUAGUUUUUUCCAUCUGCAAUACCAAUCUUGCAUCCAUGCGUUUCAAGCUAGCGUUCGAGCUUCCAAACAGUUCGAAGAGCUUAACGGAUUCUACGAUCUCUGCAAAUCAAACGGUGUAGGAAGAACAUCGGAGUAUCCUAGCAUUCAGAAGAUCUCGUUAGAGCUUCUUGAGACGUUGCAAGAGUUUUUGAAAGAUCAGUCGUCGUUUCCGGCGAGUGCGGGGUUGUAUCCGUCGCCGAAUAGUCUUCUUCCUCCGCCUCCGUCGUCCAAAGAUUCUAUGGUUUCGAGCUCGCUUGAUUUUGGAGACUCAACGAUUGAUACGUCGGAGAGGUAUUCGGAUUACGGAUCGUUUCGUAGUACUUCGUUGGAGGAUUUGAUGAGCAGGACUGAAGCAGGGACUAGUAGUCCUCCAAUGUCUUGUCACUCUGAGCCUUACGGUUACGCAGGAGGAAGAGAUGAUCCGAAUGGGAAUAAUUUCGAUACGGUUUCGACUAAAUCCCUUCCCAAUGAUCCCUCUGUUUCUGCUUCAAGUCAAACAUUUGACCUAUUGUCGUUGGAUGACGUAAACAACACGGCAGAAGCAAAAGAUGUCAAAGACAAGAAGCAAGAUGAUUCAAAGGCGGAGAAAUCUUUUGAUCCUUGGGAGGCGUUGAUGUUGAGAGAUGAUCCGAUGAAGAAGAUAGAAACGACUACGGAUGAACCUUCAAUCUCCGAGGAUCAAAGGGAUUCAGGGAAUUGGUUGCUUGCGCUGGAAGAAACCGCUACACAAGUUCAGGAUAAUAACUCAAUGGCAAUAGUACCGUUCGGGUUAGCUGAUCCGAUGCCUGUGUUUCAAGACGCAAUGGAUCAAUAUAACCCAUUCUUGGAAGAACCAGUUGCACAGUUAGCUGCAGCCGGAGAACUAUUAACCACGUUCAAUCCCUUGGCUGUGACAGAGUUUCAGCCAAAACCGACGUUUCAGGUGAACGUUCCUGAAGAUUUUGAGCCGUCUUCUACACCAACGUUUAAGGCCGCAGGAGUAUUGCCGGUGAAGGGUGACCCAUUUACCACAUUUGAGAAUUUUGGGUUUGUAGACACAUUUUCAGAAAAUGGAGGGGUACAUGAUCAGUCCGUGUUGCAAGAACAGCAGUUAUGGUUGCAGAACCAGAACAAGAUCUUAGCCAAGCACUUGAAUUGAUAUAAUUUUAAUAUAUUUAUUUGGCUAGACACAGAGAGUUUGAGAUGUUUCUUUGAAUUUUUUGGUUGUUGUUACAUUGUAAACUGAA